UGUCUGUGUGUCGGCUCGCGCCGGUCGGCAAAAAACAAAAAAAGGCAUGAAGCUAACCGAUACAGUCGUGCGGAGUUUCCGCGUUGCAAAAGUAUUUCGAGAAAAUUCAGAAAAAGUUAAUAGCUUAGACUUUUCAGCAAAUGGCGAACUCUUAAUUUCAAGCAGUGAAGACGAUCAGAUUGUGAUUUAUGAUUGCCAAAAUGGAACACCAAAAAGAACUUUAAACAGCAAGAAGUAUGGAGUUGAUCUGAUUCAUUUUACACAUGCCCCAAACACAGCUAUACACAGUUCUACAAAAGUGGAUGACACAAUUAGAUAUCUGUCAUUACAUGACAACAAAUACAUCCGGUACUUUCCAGGACACACCAAAAAGGUGGUAACUAUUAGUAUGUCUCCAGUAGAUGACACAUUUUUGUCUGGGUCGUUAGACAAGACCAUUAGACUGUGGGAUCUCAGGUCACCAAACUGCCAGGGACUGAUGCAUGUACCUGGCAGACCCGUAGCAGCAUUCGAUCCAGAGGGUUUAAUCUUUGCAGCAGGCAUCAACUCUGAGAUGGUCAAAUUGUACGAUCUGAGGUCUUUUGAUAAGGGUCCAUUUGCUACGUUCAAGCUGCAGCAAGACCGGGACUGUGACUGGACUGGGCUAAAGUUUAGCCCUGAUGGAAAGAUGGUGCUAAUCUCCACCAAUGGCCAGGUGAUACGGCUAAUAGAUGCCUUCCAGGGCCAUCCUCUGCAGACCUUCAUGGGCCACACAAAUCAGAAGGGGUUACCUUUGGAGGCUUCCUUUAGCCCAGACUCCCAGUUUGUGUUCAGUGGCUCAACAGAUGGUAAGAUUCACUGUUGGAAUGCAGAGACAGGCAGCAAAGUCUGUGUCCUCAACGCUGAGCACACGGGGCCAGUGCAGUGUAUCCAGUUUAACCCACGGUUUAUGAUGCUUUCCAGUGCUUGUAUAAAUAUGGCCUUUUGGCUACCACAGAUGGAUGAAUAGUACAUCUCAAGGCACCAGUAAGUUCACAUUCAAGACUGGCCAGCCAAAGUACCAUUUGAGCCCUAUCAAGAAAGUUUUCAAUCAAAACAAACUGCUUGUCAUAAAUAUAGAAUUGAAAACCAUCUGGAUAUUUGAGUUUUGAAUUCAUGUCCCAGGAAUCCCAAUAGAGUUAUGUGCCUUCCACUCUUACUUUUGCCAGAAUUUUCUUUUUAAAGGUCUACUUUUGUCUCUGUAAGAUAUCACUGCCAAAAGAGUGGUACAUGCAGUUACUGGCUACGUUCAUGGGCAGAAUUAUUUUAUGAUGAAGCAGUGAUUUGAUAGGGGAAUUAAAUUGGCAGACCUGCCAGAAAGAAUGAAGGUUGCCAGUGCCCUCGCUUAGGGUGUUGUUUGGAAAGUCUGCAAGGCAAAUGAUACGAAAGAUUCAUUAGAACGUGAAUUUAUGUUCUCUAUUGUCACUGUCAUCAAUCUGGGCAAUGUUAAAACCCCAGGCAUUGUUGGUGUAAGAGAUGUCAUGAAUGGUACAAGUUCAUGCGAGAGACAGCUGUGUUGAUAUGCAAGCUGUGAAAAAAGUUUCUGAGGUUUAAAUCAGAACAGGGGAAUGGAUUUAGUUGUCAAUUGUUUGCCAACAUUAGUUGGUUCUACGGCUAAUGUAUUUUGUGGAAAGAAAUGAUCAAUGUAAAAUAUGAUAAUAUGUUGUGUUGUCAUGUCCAUAGCAGCAUGUUACAACAGAUAGUUGUGGUAAAUAGUAGUAGUUUUAAAAACAAUGUGCAAAUGCCUAUGGUCAAUAUUUUAUUAUUACCAAUAAUUGUGUUACUUUAUACAAAAAUCCCCAUUGAGUUCAUUAUUCUAUAAACAUGAUAAUUUAAUGUAAAGCAAUAAGACAAGGUUAAGAAAGUAUCAUUCUGUAAAUUAUCAUCAACUUUCUGCUUUGGAGAAAUACAACAAACACCAGUUACUGAAUUUGUAUGUUCUGUAUUUUAGUACAUAGUUGUAAACUGUAAAAUAUGUUUCAAGAAUUAAACUUUUUAAAUAAUAA